AUGGUUUAUGUUUUAAGAGGUAAACAUUUACAAACUCAUCAAGAAUGCUUCAUGAAAUCAUACAACUUAAUUAUAGAUGGAAUCCUAAAAUUAUUGAAAGGUUGUUUGAUUUACGUCAGAACAGAUUAAUUUAAAUGCUUAUUCAUCUUAAGGACUAGCUUCUUUAUCUAAAGUGAUAUUUAGCUUCCAUCUAAGAAAGGAUUAGAGAUUUAUGAACUGUGACACAUAAAAGCAAUUUGUGGAUAUUUAGAUAAUAAAUUGAAAUAGAGAAAAAUGAUUUAAUUCAAAAUUAAUUGGAACUCUACCUUUUCCUAACAAAAUCUUCUUUUCAGAUGGCCCCAAAUGAUGGUAAAGAUAGAGAUGAUAUCGUAAACGGUUGUUUAGAUGGUAUCUUUAACUCAAUAUUUGAUAUGAAACCUAAUACUGAAUUAUUUAUGUAAUUGUAUAAAGGAGCAUGCCUAUUUUACAAUAAGUAUACAAUUUAAAAAAAUAGAGAAUAAUAUGAAAUUUAUUUUUAAAUUGAUAUGUUGCAAUGGGAGAUCAUAUUUAAUUUAAAAAAUGAUAGCUAACAGAAUUUGGAAGAAAUAAUUAUACAAAUUGAGAAUACACAUUAAAAACUUGUGAAAAAUUCAAGUAAUUGGAAAAAUCAUUUUUUGUGGAUCUAAAUGAUUGGAAAAAUCUUAAUAUAUAAUCCUCUGAUAACCAAAAAAAAAUUAAAGCUGACUAGCUCUUUCAAUUUUGAAACCAAAUGGAAGGAAUAUCUGAACAAAGGGUUUCUGAUUUAAAUGAAUCAUAGCAAUGACUAAGCUGUAAUUUUACUUAAUUAAUUUAACAAUAAAGAAUUAACUUAAAUUGAUAAAUUAAUAUUAGAGGACACUUUCAAAGAAUGGGAAAACUUCAUGUUGCUAAAAGACUUCUUAAUGAAUGAAAAAAAAGAUAAUAUCUAUUUCACAUUUGGUGCUUAUUUAAAUUUACAAUUAGAAAGUAUAGGAAACUAAGAAAAUGAAUAUAUUUAAACAGUUUGUAAAAUUUAAUAAUUGUUUGAUUUCAUCAUCUCUAAUAAACUACUAGCUUUAAUUCAAAAAAAUGAUGAGAGUUUGGGAGUCAUAGUUACAAAUUAUAAAUAUUUUAUACAAAAAAAUUAGCAUUAUAAUUUCACAAUAGAAUAAGCCACUUAUAAUUCAUAAUUAAAAAGAAUAAUUCUAAAUUUCAAAGAAUAUUUCCAAAACACUCUAAAAAUCAUUAAAAUUAUUAGGCUUAGUUUAAGGAAAUAAGAUUUUUAGAUGGAAUAAUGUGAAUAGGAAAAGAUUAAUGAAUUCAAAAUUUUUUAAUAACUUAGAUAUAUUUUGAGACUAUUAGAAUCAAUAUUGUCACAAAAAAUUAAAGAUAUUAAUGAUUAAAGAAAUGAAUCAGAUGAAAGCGUAAUGUUUUAGUAAGAGAUAGAGUUGAUAAAAGAGGAAUUAUAAAAUUUAAACUUAGCAAAUAAAUAAUUUUCUUUUGCCAAUAAGUUUUAGUAAAAGUUACUUGCCUUCCCUAAUGCAACUCUUAACAAAUAAAACAAAUAAAGUUUUUUGAAAGAAGCUUAAUACAUGUUAAAACUUAUCGAACAAACUGAAAAAUAAGUCUCAUAACUAGAAACUGUGUUACUUAAAAAGGAUAACUUAAUUCAAUACUUUUAAAGCUUAUUGAAUAACCUAAAUAUUUAUUAUGAAAAACAGAUCUAAGAAAUUCAAAAUUACUUUAAUGAAUUACUUUUAAGUUUUAAGACCAUUAUUAUAUUUCAAUAUGAAAUAGAGUCUGUUUCUUUACCUGAAAAAUUAAUAGAAAUUAAAUAACAAUAUUGUUGUAAGCCUUCAUAUUAAUUUAUACAAAAAUAAAGAUUGAACAUUUUAAAGCUGAAAUAACAAUUAAUUGCUUUCAAAGAAUGUUUUUUACAAAUAUUAAAAAUACCAUUCGAAGAAUUUUAAUAGUUACAAAAUUUUAUAAAUUUGGAUGAGUUUCUACUUGAUGUAUUUAAGAAUUAUCCAAAACGAAUGAUUUUUUGUGACAGUUCAUUUUAUAAAUAAACUAUUGCUGAAUUAAGUGACUUAUAAAUUACUGAAUAACACUAUUAAAAUAAUUUAAUAGAAUAAAAAGGAAUUUUAGAUUAUCUUAUAUUUAAAUUAACUCUAGAAGAAUAAAUGAUUGACAUGGAAAGAAUAGAUUUAGAAUUAAUAGAAAAGGAAUUUGGAGAAUUAUUUAUAGAAGAAACUGAUUAUUUAAAUAUUACUGAAAGAAUUAUCAAAAUUAUAAAUGGCCUUUAAAUAGACUUUUCAUUUAACAUUAUCAAUAACAAAAAUCUUAAUCAGAAUUAAUUGAAUAUUGAGAGAGGAAAGUAUGAGAUUUUAUUGUUAUAAUUAAGAAAAAUUGACUACUAAAAAAAUUGUUAAGAGGUAGAAUAUCUUAAAUUGUUAAUAAGUCAGAUUUAAAUCCUUGUUAGAUUAUUCAAAGCUUCCAUUAAUCAAGAUCUAAAAAUUUUUGAAAUGCCAAUCAUUAAAAGAGUAAAUGAUUUAAAAGAAAAAUUUGAUGAAUUUAAAACAUAAUAUGAUGAUUAGAAUAAAAGUGAUAAUGAGAAUACUGAGUAACUCAAAUAAUUAAAUACUCAAAUUAAUGGCCAAAAAAAAAUUAGAAUCAAUUUAUUAAUCAUUAUUAGUAUUCUAUAAUCAUUAUUAAUAAAAAUCAGACAAGAGAAACAAAAGUUGGCCUAAUUCCUUGAAAAUGUUAAAAAUUUUACUAAAAGUCUUGAUUUGAUACAGGAGUGUUACUAGGAAAUGUAUAAAAGUUUUUCAAGUGGUUUUGAAACAUUUAUAAGCUAAAUUAAGGAAAAGCAAUCCACAACUGCUAAUUUAGAAAAAUAGGAAAAAGAAUCAAUUAAAGAAUACUUCUCAAGAAUUUCUAUCGACACAUUGUAGAAUGAAAAAUAAUCAGACAACAAAAAUAAUUAAUCAACGAAUAUUGUUGAUUUUCUCUUUAAGUUAAUGGCUGAAACAAAAGAAACUUUAAAAAUAUCUAAGUGGGAAUUCUAGGAAAUUUAAUUUUAUCAAGAUUAUCUAGUUCAAUUAACUAAUAAAAUAUACCUACAAGAAAACGAUGAGGAAUAUGAAGUCAAAUCAAAUCAAUAGGAUUAAUUCUCUAUUGAUUAAUAAAAAAAUGAUGAAUGGAAAAUAAAAUAGGGUUUCGUAUUAACUAUAAUUUAGAUUUCAUAGAAUAGAAUAGCUUUACAGAAACAAUUACUCGAUUUUGUUAAAAAACACUCAUUUAAUUAUGGGUUUUAGAAAAAGACUUAAGAGUUAGAAAUUUAUUGAAAAAUAAACACUUAAUAAGUUUAUAGAUGGAAAUUUUGUCAAAAGAUUGGUAGACAUAACAUGAUAGAAUUGCAGGAGAGAUGUAAAAAAUGCUGAAGAGAAUUGAUGAAUUGCAAGAAUAAAUUACCCAGGAGGCAAAUCUUAACAAAAGAGAGCUGUAAUUGAAAGAAAUGGAUGAAACAAUUCAGCAAUUAGAUGAAUAUAUUUAAAAUAUCAACGAAAUGGGUUAAUAACUCAGGUUGGUAACUGAUUUUGUAAAUCAUAUCAGAAAGCGUUUGUUAAGAGUUGAGGGAAAAAUAAAUCAAAUAAAAGAGUAGCUCAACAACAUUGGGAAUGAUCUUAAAUUUUUGAGAGGAAAAUCAGUUAUAUAAUUGCUUGAAAUUAGAAAAUGGAAAGUGUUGAAGGAAGCAGCAGAAAAAAUGUUAAGUCCAUCUAUGUACCAUUAAAAACUUAAGAGAUAGGUAAAAAUGAGAUUAGUAAUUUGAUGAAUUUAGAUUAAUUUGGCGAUUAAAAUGGAGAAGUGAAUGAGUUUUUAUAUGAAGGGAAAACAGUAUUACUAAUUCAUGGAUUAGCUGGAAUCGGCAAAAGUACUACAGCCAAAAAAAUUGAAGAGUUUAUUUGGAAAUUACAUGAUAGUAAUUAAAAAAUUGGGAAUUAUGUACUAAUACCUGUUUAUAUUUCAUUACCCUCUUUAAAAAACCCUAUUUUUUAAGCAGUAGAGGAAUCACUUAAAUAAGAUGA